CUUGCGUGUUGCUCAGCUGCAACAGCCAAUGCAAUCCGAUGCAAGUCAUCCAUCCAUCUGCACGUGCACACGCUCUUCACUUUUUGAGAUUCCCCUCACAGUAGCUUUAAAAACUCAGUUUCAUCGGUGCAUCAUUGAGAGGAUGUGUGCUUUUGCUUUCCAAAUAAAUUUAAUUGCCAGCAAAUAGGCGUUGGAUGUUCUAAAGCAUCGAUGCAUUGGGGAAACUGAGACCCAUGGCAAAGUGGUUUAGAGAUCACCUAAGUUUUGGCAGCAGGAAAGGACCGCCGCAGCCCCCGAAACCAGACUACACUGAAAGUGAGAUCCUACGGGCCUACAGGGCACAGAGAGAGCUGGACUUUGAGGACCCGUACGAACCCUCGGAGAACCGGGUGCUGAACGGCUCAGGGUCGGUGGAACCGUUCCCUGCGUUUGGCGCGGUGCUUUCCAACGGUGUGGAGGUGAAGAUUGUGUCUCCCAAACACAGACUGAUAAAAGUGGAAUCUCAGGAAUUUGGGAAUAGCAAAAUACCGCUGAACAUCGUGACCUUUGAGGAACCGCAGGCUCCUGUGGUUCCCUCGGCUCCUGUGGUCAGGGAGACUGAUUACUCAGACCCGUUUGACGCCAGACCGGACCUGCGGCCCAGACCCGGCUGGGAGCAGAACGCGGUCGAAGCCUGCAGCAGUUACAUGGAGCCGUUUGAGGCCCAGCAAUUCAUAAGCGAGCUCCAGCACAGCACAGAUGACGGUAGAAACAGCCCACAGCUCUACGACAGCCCGUACGAGGAGAGAGUUCGGCCCCAGACCGCCCCAGUGGAGGACGAGAGAGAGCGCCGUCUGCCCCAGGACGACGAGAGGCCGGCGGAUGAGUACGACCAGCCCUGGGAGUGGAAGAAAGACAACAUCUCCAAAGCCUUCGCUGUAAGUUUUGAAGCCAGAGACUGGGAACAAUGUACACUGCCCCAUGACGAGGCACCGAUGAAGACAGGUGCGUCCAGAAUCAGCCCUCCAUUCAGCAGAGCCACCAGUCUUCACAAGCCCAUCCUGGGAGAGAGGGUGGAUCCCACACUGCCCCUGGAGAAACAGGUAUGGUACCACGGUGCAUUGACUCGCUCAGAAGCUGAAUCUCUGCUUACGCUGUGUAAGGAGUGCAGUUACCUGGUAAGGAAAAGCCAGACCAGCAGAAACGACUACUCGCUGUCUCUCAGGAGCUGUCACGGGUUCAUGCACAUUAAGUUCUCGCAGUCUCGUGAUGGGAAGUUCAUCCUGGGAGAGAACAGUUUUCCGUUUGACUCCAUCCCUGAAGUCAUUCAUUACUACACCACGAACAAACUGCCCAUCCGUGGAGCCGAACAUCUGUCCCUGCUGUUCCCGGUGCUGGUGCAGACGCUCUGAGACCACACACACACACACACACACUCGCACGGUCUUCACUCAGACGGCUACUAUAGUGCUUCAUUUUCAAUCACAUAUCGCAGGCUCUUCAAGAGUUUGAUUUGUGUGUGGAGUGGGAAUAAGGUUUUCCAGGUGUGUGAAUGAAAACACAGUCGGCCUGUACAGACACUGUAUUGAUGUGCUGCACACAUGUGAAGAAUAUUUUACACACCACUGGACUCUAAAGUGUCUUCGCAUCACACUGGGAACUCUUAUUACUCUCUUCUGUGCUCUAAACUCUUCAAAUGAUAGUUUUCAAAUUUAAGGGAUAAAAUGUAGCCCGACCAAAGUAUUUAUAAAGCUUUUACUAAAUACUUAAAAGCAAUGAUGUACAGUACGAAUCCCAUCCUCUGUAGGAUUUCUUGCUUUAAAAAGUGAAGUAAUUCACCUGAAAUGUCAUUAUUAUCAUGUCAUUUUGAACCAGUAUGACUUUCUUCUGUUGAACACAAAAGAAGAUCUUUUGAAUGAUGUUAAUGAAAGUGGAUGCUGACCAUGGCUGUUAUGCUCUAAAAAGGACAAAAUCGCCAUUAAUGUAGUCCAUGUAAGUCUUCUAAAGCCACUCAAUAGCUUUGUGUGAAGGAAAAAAAUGCAAUGUUGCAACUCUCGAUUCUCAUUUGUUUGCACAAUUUAAUCUCUUACCUUGUAAUUCCACUUUUUAUAUAAAUUUCUCAUUUUUAUGUGAAUUAUUAUUAACACCACAUUUUAACUGCCAUAUAUAAAUGUUACUAUGUUGCAUCACUUGAUUUGUGUUUCUGCAUAUUUGAAAUAGGGCAGAGGCAAAUAUACAAUUAAUAACUCGUUAUUAUAGUUUUGGUCUGUUUGUCACACAAACCUAUUGUUUUUACUUACAAAAGGAUACAUUUGUGAUGCUUUUGGUACUUUUCUGACAUACUAAAAAAGUUUAAAUUAAGAGAUAAAACCUUAAUUAUGAUUAUAAUUCAGUUGUCUUAUCAUACUUAUACCUAAUAACUGAUUUGGUAAUUUUGAGUUAUGUCAUAGUUAUGCAUGUUUAUGUCAGUUAUGAUUUAGAUAAUUUAGUUUUUGCUUAUGUGGAAAAAAUCGACUUCUAUGGUAUUGUUUUUCUAUGGCUUUCUGUUUUUUUUAGAGAUUAAUGGCGAUGGUCACCAUCCACUUUCAUUGUAUUGGAAAUUAAGUUCCAUUCUACAAAUAUCUCUUUUUUUGUGUUCCACUAUGUAAAGUCACGCUGGUUUGGAAUGACGUGUGGGUGAAUAAUGACUGAAUUAUAAUUUUGAGAGACUGUAAACAAUAACGAGGGCUUCUCUUUAGGAACAGGAAGCCAGCCCUUAACUUCCUUUUGGUACUAACAAGAAGCAUGGUUUAGCGGUAACGCAGGAAAAAUCCGACACUGGAAUGUUUACGAAUGAGACUUUCGCUUGUCCGGAUGACCCUCUGCAAACACAGAUUUGUUCUGCUCCCAGUAUCUCAAGGUGCAGAGGAUGACAAAAACAGGAAGUGAUGUCUUCUGAGUAUCUAAAGCUGCACUUUCAUUUGCUUCAGUGUUCUGGUGUUGUAGCAUGACAGGAAGCGGUCAUUACUGGGGCAUUUGGCUUCUCCAUCAGAUACCACUCAGUGUCGCCGGCUCGUUUCUGAGGACUUCUUAGCAAUACUUAAAGCUUCGUGAGAAACCUUACAUGGACCAUCUCUUCUGAGUUAAUCUGGGCUUAAGUGAUAUUUAAAAUAAGGUCACCUAUAAUCAUAAGAUGCAUCUGUAUGUUUAAAAAUCCAGAUGAAACUCAAGCAUUUUCCUCAAAAGAAACACAAUAUCCUGUUGUUUAGUGUGUGUUCUAGUAUAAAGCUUUCAAAUCAGUGUGGUUUUGGGAUCGGUUUACUUGCACGUCCACUGAACACACACACACUACUGCGUUUAGACUUCUACACAGGGUUUCUAUUCCUAUAGAGAUCCACACGGUAGCUAUUGUUCAUGAUUACUGAUUUUAGUCUGUUUUUGUUUUUUAUAUAUGCUGUUUUCAAGGUUUGAAUUUCUUUGGAAUAAAUUAGAUGUUUUCUAAAAAAAAUAAAAUAAAGUGUGUGUCUGUUGAA